AUGGAGCUGCCCGUCAAUUUGAAGUUUGUUAUUGAGGGUAUGGAGGAGACAGGCUCCAAUGGCCUGGAUGCUAUGAUUGUGGCCCAGAGAGACACCUUCUUCUCUGAUGUAGAUUACAUCAUUAUCUCUGACUGCGGCUGGCUCAGCAGAAGGCCUGCCCUCACCUACGGCACCAGAGGAAACUGCUACUUCUUUGCUGAGGUUGAAGGACCCAAACAGGACUUACAUUCUGGUGUUUAUGGAGGCACUGUGAUCGAACCAAUGACUGACCUCAUUGGCAUUCUUGACACACUGAUCAGCCCCAGUGGUAAGAUCCUGAUUCCUGGGAUCAGUGAAGCUGUGGCUCCCCUCUCUGAUGAGGAAUGGAAAACGUAUCAGGACAUCCAAUUUGACAUU